AUGCCACGAAAAAAAACUAGUCGAAACGACAAAGGCAACAAGCCAGAUUCUUCUCCGAUCUCCUCUGCCUUGGCAGAAGAAAGUUUUGGUGUGGGAUCACUUCCAAUGGAAGACACCUCAGACAGGGGUGCGGCAGCUAUAAUUUCCAGAGAUGCUUCCGUCGGCCAAAGCCAACGGCCACAUGGUACUACACUCAAAAAUUCAAGUGACGGUAAAGACACUAAACCGCGCGAGGAUGGAGAUAAUGGUCCAGAUGGUGAUGAUAAUCCUCUUGUCGAUGCCACCCUACAGACUCUUCUCAGCAACGCCACUCCAAUAAACCAGGCAGUGGAUAAUAUUUUGGGCGUAUAUAAACAGAGUGAUUCAGUGAGCGCUUUAUGUGUUAUACUCAAUCUGGUUGCCAAAGCUUCUGGUGUUACUGAAGUCGAGCUGGACGCUGAUGCCCUUACGGAUGGAAUAGAUAUCACUUCUUUGUUGGAGGAACUAUACGUGCGUGUGCCAGAAGACGCCACCGCUUACCUCUUGGUCAAUAAAGAUCCAAAGUAUCGUCAGUUUCGUCGACGAUUUCCCAUUUUUUUUGAAUCUCUUACACAGCAUGCCGUAAUUAAUGAUGUCUUGCUUGAUGAUAACUUGUUGCCGACCCUCGCGCGGUGGUUCAUCAGCAUGAGCGAAAGCAAAUCACGCAGCUUCAGGCAUACAGCUACGUUAGCCAUUUUAGGUCUUGUACAAGGCCUCAACAAAGUCAUAGCGCAACUUCAGAGCCACAAUGUGAUGACGAAUACCAGGAAAGAUGCGAAGGACUUCGGGAAAAAACUAGAAAGCCUUCUGCAAUGGAGGGAUCACUUUUUCUCUCAAGCUAUUCAUCAACGUCUGCGCGACAUCGCCGCGGAGAUACGUCUCUGUGCGGUUCAAUACCUGAAGGAGUGGAUCUGGAACUUUCCAGACGAAUUUAUGGUAAAUAAGUACCUGCGGUAUUUCGGAAUGACUUUGCAUGACCCACGACCGGAGCUUCGUGCAGAGUGCUUGGAUAUGAUCCUGCAAGCACUGGCUCGGGUGUCGGACGCAUACAACCGAAUGCAUCUUUUUCUUCAAUAUUUUGCCAACCGUUUGGUUGAGAUGAGUAACGAUAUUGAUGUUCGAUGCACUGAAUUGGCUAUUCGCGUGGCAGCCAUGAUGGUUCGCAGUGACAGGAGCACGUCGGAAGGCAACGAACUGCUUAGUAAUGAAAUGAUUGAUCGCGUACUUCUGACGCUUUUUGACGAGCGACCAACAGUGCGGCACGCGGCAGGUGUCCUGUUGAAGGUUUUCAUUCAUUGCCGAACGGUAGGAGAGGAAAGUGAAGAAGAGCAGAUGCAGGCCGCAACGGAGUUGCUAUGUUCUUUUAUUAGAACCUUGAGGACACAAAAUCAAGAGCGGAUGCCGGAGAAAUAUCUGGUUGAUGCUUUAUGGAGCCCAGAGCAACCACCUCAGAUUCUGACAGCAUAUGAACCCAUCCUCAAACAAGUCAAGGCUUCCACGUCUUCACUUGAUCUCGUUGUUUGUGUGAGGCUCUUAACGUCUCUCAUCGAAAAAGUAAAUGGAAAACUGAGACUUGGGCCGGCACCGAAGGAUGACCGUCGAAAUGCAGGCCAUCUCAAAAAAGCAAGCAUGACUGUUCAAAAAAGCCUAGACGAUCUUGUGAAAAGUGUCACUGUGGGCCUCGGCCUUGCGCUCUCUGGUGUCAUGGCAAAACAUCGCGGCGACUCAAAAGUCUUGUGCGCAGUGGCUGACUCGGUAAUAGCCUUUGAUUUGUCGAUUUUUACGCCACGCCAGCAGAUCUCAGCCCUAACGGAUUUUAUUCUUGAACUGCGAAAAGCUACCACAGCUGUUGUCAUACCUACAGUUAUCUUUGGUGUAGAUAGUACGCAUGAUGCACUAGUGCGUGCCUGGCAUGCCCUAGCCCUUAGCAUAAAUCCUCUACAGAGUGUCGCCCAAGGUCACCUUCAGGAAGUUCGAAAAGAAAUCCUCAAGCAACUUGCACUGGCCGAAAGUCCAGUUUUAUCGACUACUAAGCAGCGUUUUAAGAAAGAAGAGGAGUUGAUUCAUGUGUGGGGCCGCUUCAGCUUGAUCGCGUCGCUUCUACCUACCACAGAUCACUGGGAUAGCAUCACGAAGGCGCUCUUACGUCAGAUUCGUCAGGAGACUACAGUAGACAUCUCCUGGUUUCGUCUCUUGGCAUUUAUCAUUGACACUGCCAUGAACAGUCUUCUGUCACAGAUCAACAGCGAACAACAGACAGAAGGGUCGAUUGGUACGACACAGAUCACCGAGCGCGUUUCAGAGCUGGUAGGAUUCCUCCUCCAGACCUUAGCAAUUACCACGCAAGAGCUGACCCACCAAAUUGAUACCGAGUCUUCGCCACAGGACUUCUUGGUCAUACAACGUGAUGAAGGGGCUGUUUUGUUGAGCGUAAGGUCUCUAUCGAUCCACCUGAGGGUUCGGGUGCUGAGUUAUUUGUACGACUUGGUUGCACUCUCCUACUAUAACGUGCCACUGUACGAGCAAAGCACUCUUGUUAAACGCUUCGAAGAGAUCUUUGAAGUUCUCUGCACGCAACUGCGUGAGGCACAAGAAUAUCUAAAAUCUACUACAAAUGCAUCUAAAAACGAUAAGGGGGUACUAUCAAAUAUCGCAGAGGCUCGUCACCAGUAUACUCACUUGGAAGCGACUCAGAUGCGUCUGGUUAUUGGGCUUUGUCGUCUGUUUCUUUUCAAGCGUCUGGGGGUGGGUUUGGCACCGCGUGUAUUGACUCAGUGGACACACAGUUCCUCCAAGGCAGUGUCUGAUAUCUUCAAAAGCCUCUUUCAUUUCCUCCGUAACAUGUCUGGCGGAAGCUUCGAAAUUGAGCGGGAUAUUAUUGUUGAGGCGUAUAAUCGAUGUGCUGAAGUCGGCGCGACGCCUAUUUCUGUGGAUGCGCUUUACCAAAUGGGAUCCAAACUGGCAUCGAUGCAUUUCUUUGUAGCCGACCGUUACUACGCGACAUGCAAACAGUUGGUACAAUUUGCGGUAGACUUCGCGGUCACUACGGAUCCACUCAUUCUACAAGCUAUCAUUCCAUAUUGUAGCAAGCUGCGCGUGGCGGAUGCAAUUCAACUUUUACAACAUGAUAUUCCAAAGGGAGGAGAUCUUUUUAUGAAUCCAGUUAACUCUUAUACACGUGCGUUCUUGAGCUCGCUACACAGGGCGGCAAAGCUAGAAGGUGCAACACUGCCUUCAUCUGCACCAACUGUGAAACGUCCGAGGGAGGUAACAUUGACACAACAUGAUGAAAACGAUCUUAUAGAGAGCAUUGCCCAAGGGCUUCACACAUUUGGUGAGCCUAACCACCUUAAUGGUGCUCAAGACAGAGCUUCCCAAGCAUCAUAUCAACCAGGUGGUUUAGUUUAUCCUUUGUCCGAAUCUCAUCCUGAUAAGAUAUCGACCUUGACUCGUCUGGUUACUGGGGAUGUUUGGAAUGUUCCUGCUGUGUCGCAAAAUUCGGAGGAAUCCGAAGGGGUCUUUGUGGAGCUCUCUCCAGGUGACCAGCAGGGCAGUACAGCAGGAGACCGCCGCUGCCACCGCUCUGUGAUUAAUGUACCUACUACACAGGAGAUAGCGACAACACUUGUGUCUGGAGGUGUCGAUACUGAAGUCUUCAUCGCGACGCGUGAAUUUGAGUAG